GCCCAUACACACGGCCCUGUUACCAUAUAUAAUCGUAUGUGCAUUCGAGCAACAACUAUGAGGCUAACUAGCUGUUACACCAUCUAUGGACCAGAUUCCGUUCGUUUUUCAGAGAUAAAACAACCUUCCUCCCAAGCCGCCACUAGUGCUUACAGCAGCACAGACAUAGUACACCAUGGCUCGCACGAUUUCGGCACUUCUUCUAGUCUCCGCCGCCAUCCUCCUCGCUGCAUCAUCCAUCUACUACCGCCGUGGCGAUGGCAGCACUAACGGCGGCAGCGCCACAACAAGAACAACGCACCUACAUUUCUACAUGCACGAUGAGUACACCGGCCCAAACCCAACAGCCGCGCUCAUCGUGCCCGGCAGGGCGCCGCUUUCUGACAGCAUGGCGGGCACCUCGCGCCGCCGGUUUGGGGACAUCGCGGUGAUGAACAACGCGCUCACGGAGGGGCCCCAGCGCGGCAGCCCACGCGUGGGCACGGCGCAGGGGUUCACCGUGCGCGUGUCGGAGCGCGGCUCCGUGAACGCCCUGAGCAUGCACUUGGUGAUGGAGGAUGGCGAGUUCGCCGGGAGCUCGCUGGUGGUGAACAGCAGGGUCGACACCGACUUGGCCGUGCGCGAGUCCGUGGUCGUCGGCGGCACCGGCCGGUUGCGCUUCGCGCGGGGCUACGCGCUCAGCCGGAGCUAUGAUUAUGACUUGGCCAAGGGCGGCAUCGUGGAGAUCGACGUGUACCUGUACUAGUGCGCUCCAAUUCAGUGUUGCACAGUUCAUAACCACCUUUACUACUCUACAAGAAAUGCAAAGUAUUAAUUUGUGGAGGACUACCGUACCGUUUAUGUUGAUGCUGUGGUUGUGACAGUUCAAAAUGGUGAUGGAUGAGCUCAAAACUUGUGUACUUGUACCAGCUAAUUCAGUUCAUUCAACAUAGAUUUUUGUAAUUUUUCUUUCAAUAGAUUUUUGUAAUUUUUCUUUCAAUUUCUACUGUAAUUUAUGUUUCAUAUCCUGUACACUUAGGUUCCUUUUUGUUUUUUUACUAUGAACAUACGCUAAGAUCAGAAUGGAUUUCCCUUCGUAAACACUGAAGACAAUGAUUAUAAACUGUUCGUGCCCUAAGUGAAGUUUACCUCUUAUGUUGUACUAUAUAAUUUCCUUGGUCAAUAACAAAUUUAAUUUGUGAAAAGUGCUGCGGCUGAUAAGGCCAAGUGAAGCAUGUAGAAUUAAUCCUAUAUUUUGUGGCUUGCUGGCAUUAAUAUUAUUGUUUUAGCAUUCAUAUGCUAUAUCAUUAGAAGGAUAUGUAAGCCCAGUUUCCAAUGCAACAAACCCACCAAGAUGAUGGGUCCACUUACUUUUAUUUAUGCUUAUGUUUACUCCCAACUAGGAGAAAUAUUCCUAGUAUAAAUAAACCAUGUAAUCUAUCAUUUAAGUGCGUUGAAUUAAUAUGAUAUAAGAAUUGAGCAUGACUCUUUUUUGAGAAACCCGUAGAGUAAUCUCCGGUGCUAGUUGAUCGUGUUGAGUUAUCUCCGAGUGAUUCUAGUUUUAUCUUAUCCACCACCAAAUAUCCUUUCCACGAGUUGAUCCUUAUCAUUUGGUAAUCAGAGCUUAAGCUUAUGGCUGGUUGUCAACGUCAUGGAGCGAACUCCGGCAACGACAACAACAACCAAGAGCGUGAUAAUCGUGAUGUGAUCCUCAAAGGUUUGGGAGAACAACUUCACCAAAUUCAAGAGCGCCUAGAGCAUCUUGAAGUUGCUGGCCGUGGACCCAAUUGUCAAGAAGGCGGUGCUGCUCAUGAGGGAGUUCAUCGCCAUGCACAUCGAUGCUUCCAAAACAACUCUAGCAGUGAAGAUGAAGAUGGUAUUAAUCAUUUUGCUGAUCCUCAUGAUAAUUCUAGUGAUGCAGAGGAUAUUUGUUCUCAAAAUUCUAUUGGCAAUCAUCGAAACAAUUUCCACCUACGUGUUGAUCUUUCUGAAUUUGAGGGAAGGUUUGAUCCUGAUGGA